AGAAAAUCUAAAAGCUCGUGAUUCGACACCACUUUUCAUUUUUCAACACUUCUUCUAGUUCUAGUAAGAGUACACUCUACAACAAUACAAACACCACCACCUCCAUAAUUCACACAAAAGCCACACUCUCGUGAACAAUUAACAAACUCUCUCUCUCAUUGAUCGAUCUCAAUUAUGGCUUCCACGACAAUGCGGUUACCGACGAACACCGCCGCCGUAACUGAAUCAUCGUUUCCUCGCCGGAACUCUAUUUCCGGACUCAUCACUUCCAGAUCCUCUUCUUCCCUCCGUUUGAAGUAUCGUUCUCUCAAUCACAAUCUCAACCUCAGGAGAAGAAUCUCUUUCCAGGUCAAGUGUUUGUUUGGUAGUAGUGAAGCUAAACAAAAACUCAAGGAUCGCGAAAUUCAAGAACAACAAGAACCAUCACAGAUCCAACCCAACCCACAUCAUUUGAGCCGAUUUCUACCCUUUCUGGAGAUAUGUCGCUUUCAAGGGCUAUCAAUAUUCCUUCAAGAAGCUACAACCUCUCUGAGCUCAUUUGCACCAGAUGCUUCUUCCAUUGUAUCAAGUAUUAAGUACCAUGCAGAGUUCACUCCUCUGUUUUCUCCAGAGAAAUUUGAGCUCCCACAGGCUUUUAUUGCAACGGCACAGACUGUUCGUGAUGCUCUCAUAAUAAACUGGAAUGCUACUUAUGAUUACUAUGAGAAGCUGAAUGUUAAGCAGGCAUAUUACCUUUCAAUGGAAUUUUUGCAGGGUAGAGCGUUAUUGAAUGCAAUUGGCAAUUUAGAGUUAACUGGUCCCUAUGCAGAGGCUUUGAGUCAGCUUGGUUAUAAAUUAGAAAAUGUGGCACACCAGGAGCCAGAUGCUGCACUUGGAAAUGGGGGUCUUGGACGCCUUGCUUCAUGUUUCUUGGACUCUAUGGCAACCUUGAAUUACCCAGCAUGGGGUUAUGGACUGAGAUACAAGUAUGGCUUGUUUAAACAACAAAUAACCAAAGAUGGGCAGGAGGAAGUUGCUGAAGAUUGGCUUGAGAUGGGCAACCCCUGGGAGAUUGUUAGAAACGACGUCACAUAUCCUGUAAGGUUCUAUGGCAAAGUUAUUUCAGGCUCAGAUGGUAAAAAACAUUGGGUCGGAGGAGAAGAUAUCAAAGCUGUUGCACACGAUGUCCCCAUACCCGGAUAUAAGACCAAAACCACAAUUAACCUGAGACUCUGGUCUACAAAAGCUGCAUCUGAAGAAUUUGAUUUAAAUGCUUUUAAUUCUGGAAGACACACUGAAGCGUCCGAGGCUCUAGCAAAUGCCGAAAAGAUUUGCUAUGUACUCUACCCUGGGGAUGACUCAAUAGAGGGGAAAACCCUUCGCCUCAAGCAACAAUAUACUUUAUGUUCUGCUUCUCUUCAAGAUAUCAUUGCUCGUUUUGAGAGAAGAUCAGGAGCAAGUGUGAAUUGGGAAGAGUUUCCUGAAAAGGUUGCAGUUCAGAUGAAUGAUACUCACCCAACCUUGUGCAUCCCAGAGCUGAUGAGAAUACUGAUAGAUAUAAAGGGUUUAAGCUGGAAGGAUGCUUGGAAUAUCACCCAACGGACUGUAGCAUACACAAACCAUACUGUUCUUCCUGAGGCAUUAGAGAAAUGGAGCAUGGACCUGAUGGAGAAACUUCUUCCACGCCAUGUUGAGAUUAUAGAACUGAUUGAUGAGGAGCUGGUCCGGACCAUAAUAGCAGAAUAUGGAACAGCAGAUUCAGACUUACUGGAAAAGAAAUUGAAGGAAAUGAGAGUACUAGAAAAUGUUGAAUUGCCUGCAGAAUUUGCUGAUGUACUUGUUAAAUCCAAGGAGGCCGAUGAUAUUUCUAGUGAGGAGGUGAAAAUUUCGGGAGAAGAGGAAGAAGACGACGAUGGUAAUGAUGAUGAAGUGGUAAUUGUUGAAAAGGAUGGGACAGAUAAAAGUUCCGUUGAGAAAAAGAAAGAGGAGUUGCCCAAGCCAGUAGUAGAACCACCAAAAUUGGUUCGUAUGGCCAAUCUCUGUGUUGUGGGUGGUCAUGCAGUGAAUGGAGUUGCAGAGAUACAUAGUGAAAUUGUCAAGGAUGAUGUGUUCAAUGCAUUUUAUAAGUUGUGGCCUGAGAAAUUCCAAAACAAAACAAAUGGUGUGACACCAAGGAGAUGGAUCAGGUUCUGUAAUCCAGAUUUGAGUAAAAUUAUAACUCAGUGGAUAGGCACGGAAGAUUGGGUCCUAAAUACCGAGAAACUGGCUGAGCUGAGGAAGUUUGCAGAUAAUGAGGAUCUACAAAAGCAAUGGAGGGAAGCAAAAUUGAAUAACAAGGUGAAAGUUGCAGCAUUGAUCAAAGAAAGAACAGGAUAUUCUGUCAGUCCUGAUGCAAUGUUUGACAUCCAGGUGAAGAGAAUCCAUGAAUAUAAACGACAACUAUUAAAUAUUUUUGGAAUUGUUUACCGCUACAAGAAGAUGAAAGAAAUGAAUGCUGCAGAAAGGAAAAAAACUUUUGUUCCAAGAGUUUGUAUAUUUGGGGGAAAAGCAUUUGCUACUUAUGUGCAGGCUAAGAGAAUUGUGAAAUUUAUCACAGAUGUUGGGGCCACUGUAAAUCAUGAUCCUGAAAUAGGAGAUCUUCUCAAGGUUAUUUUUGUCCCUGACUACAAUGUUAGUGUUGCGGAGAUGCUUAUUCCAGCUAGUGAAUUGUCACAACAUAUCAGUACUGCUGGAAUGGAGGCAAGUGGAACUAGCAACAUGAAAUUUGCAAUGAAUGGGUGCUUACAGAUUGGAACUUUAGAUGGAGCCAAUGUUGAAAUAAGGGAAGAGGUUGGUGAAGACAACUUCUUCCUCUUUGGUGCUAAGGCUCAUGAAAUUACUGGGCUGAGGAAAGAAAGAGCGGAGGGAAAGUUUGUCCCUGAUCCACGUUUUGAAGAAGUUAAAGAAUAUGUCAGAAGUGGUGUUUUUGGGUCUUACAACUAUGAUGACCUGAUUGGAUCCUUGGAAGGAAAUGAAGGUUUUGGUCGAGCAGAUUAUUUUCUUGUGGGCAAGGACUUCCCUAGCUACUUAGAAUGCCAGGAGGAGGUUGACGAAGCUUAUCGCAACCAAAAAAAAUGGACGAGAAUGUCAAUAUUGAACACAGCAGGCUCAUCGAAGUUCAGCAGUGACCGUACAAUUCAUGAAUAUGCACGUGAUAUUUGGAGCAUUGAGCCAGUCAAAUUGCCGUAGAUGAGGGGUAAUCUAUACUAUACCCUUUUUAAUAGCAGAUCACUGGUGCCAUGUCGUAAGAUGAUCAAUGCUUUACCAAUUACCUGUACUGAAAAAUAAACAGAAAUUUUGUAAAAUAAAUAAUUAAGGGUUUGGCUUUUGUCCGCCAAAAUAAGCCUGCAUACAUGUAAUAUAUGUAUGUAAUAUAUUAUAUUAUGUUGAUUACUCCAGUAUUGCCCUGAAAACAUGCUACCAAGUAAAGAGACCUUUGUUUACUACUGUAUAUCAGUUAAUUAAGCCAAGCCUCACAGCUUCUA